AAAACUGUGUGCUUUCGUGUUGAAUUCAACGGACAAAAGCAAAUAAGAAGCCCUAAUUAAUUCUUGUUUCAUACAAUGGCAUUGACAAAUCAUAUCUAUAUGUAUAACGUUCUAGUGCUUUCGUGAUACUCAUAGGGUUUUGAAUCGAUAUAUCUAAUACAUAUCUUAUAGAGAUACAUAUAUGUUGUAAUGGUGGAAGCAAAGAUUACAGAGAAGAAUCGUGGUGGUAAAAGAUGGGGAUGGAUGGUUGGGGCUGUGAUCGUCGUGUUACUUGCCACAGCGGUCACCUCUAGACAUUCCUGCAAGAUCUCCAAUCAAAAGUCCUGCCACUGUACUGAGGAUUCGCGUAAAUAUACAGGCAUGGUUGAGGACUGCUGUUGUGAUUAUGAGACAGUAGACAGUAUUAACGGUGAAGUGUUACAUCCUUUGCUUCAAGAGCUCGUCACAACUCCCUUUUUCCGUUAUUUCAAGGUUAAGUUGUGGUGUGACUGUCCUUUCUGGCCUGAUGAUGGCAUGUGCCGUUUGCGUGAUUGUAGUGUUUGUGAAUGUCCAGAAAAUGAAUUUCCAGAAACUUUUAAGAAGCCAUUCCACCGUGGUCUUUCAUCUGAUGAUUUGGUGUGCCAAGAGGGAAAGCCACAGGCUACUGUUGAUCGCACACUUGAUAGUAAAGCUUUCAGAGGCUGGAAGAUAAUAGACAACCCAUGGACCAACGAUGAUGAGACUGAUAACGGUGAGAUGACUUAUGUAAAUCUCCAACUGAAUCCUGAGCGUUACACUGGCUAUGUUGGUCCAUCAGCCAGAAGGAUAUGGGAUGCUAUAUAUUCAGAAAAUUGUCCUAAAUAUUCAAUUGGAGAGAUUUGCCAGGAGAAGAAAGUGUUAUACAAGUUAAUAUCUGGUCUUCACUCCUCAAUUUCAAUUCACAUAGCUGCUGAGUAUCUCAUCGAUGAAACAACCAAUCUGUGGGGUAAAAAUCUCGAAUUGAUGUAUGAUCGUGUUUUGAGAUACCCAGAUCGUGUCAGAAACCUGUAUUUUACUUUCCUCUUUGUUCUCCGAGCCGUGACAAAAGCAGCAGAUUAUUUGGAGCAGGCAGAGUAUGACACUGGUAACCAUGCGGAAGACCUGAAAGCACAGUCCUUGAUGCGGCAGCUACUUUACAAUCCCAAACUACAAACUGCAUGUCCACUUCCUUUUGAUGAAGCUAAACUGUGGCAAGGUCAAAGUGGACCUGAACUGAAGCAACAGAUUCAAAAGCAAUUCAGAAACAUUAGUGCACUGAUGGAUUGUGUUGGAUGCGAGAAGUGUCGCCUAUGGGGAAAGCUUCAGGUCCUUGGUCUCGGUACUGCAUUAAAGAUCCUCUUCUCCAUUGAUGGUCAGGGCCAACCAGAUCUACCUCUGCAGUUGCAAAGAAAUGAAGUGAUUGCUUUGGUAAACCUUCUCAAUCGACUCUCGGAAUCUGUCAGGUUUGUCGAAGAAAUGGAGCCUUCAAUUGAGAAGCUCAUGGGGGUCCUUGUUUCUGAACCUCGUGCACAAGAAAUUAGCUCAUGGCGAAGAAUAUGGGAGUCAGUGAUUGGAUUUCGGUUCGGAAAGCUGUCACUGUAACAGGCCAUCUCAAAUGUCCUUGUAUCAAUUUUGGAAGGUGAUGUAAAGAAUUAUCAGAUUGACCAUCUAAAGCCCAUAGAACAGGAUUCUUGAAAUGGCACAAUCUUUGGAGAUAGAGAAAAGGCAUACAGAGGAAAGAAAUAGGUGUAAAUGUAAUUUGUAAUUUCCAUGUCUUGUAGGAUUUGAAUAUUUGCAAGCCAUGUUAAAUUAUGAAAUACAAUUUUAUCAUUUACCUAUAAAAAAAAAUAUAAUAAUAAUAAUAAAAGAAGUAGUUUUGAAUUGUA